CGCUCAAAGGAGCUGUCAACCGAGUAUGUUUGUUGGUGAUUUGGCCUGUUCGUUUAAUCCAGCGGUUAAGCGUCUGGCUAUUGUGUGGAGAUGAGGGUUGAUGCCGGCCCAAUCGGUGUAAGUGGCUGGGAGGGAGAUGCCUGUUGGAAGCGCUGAAGGGAUCUUGUUCCCAUAUUGGAUGAACAGCACGGGCAUUCUUGAAGAGAAAAAUGACAGCUCACAGGACCUCUCAGGGCGUUCGGCCGGCUGAGAGGACGGGCUGAGAGGUUGUGGUUCGUGAUGGUGUGGUUCCCCUCAUGCUGUCAUCCCAGUGGCUUGCAUCGUGGACCACCGUUCCUGCACUCCGGGUGCCACAGAGACAUUUCAAACCGCGCGGGGGAUGCGGUGCCACGAGGGCAACAUACGAGUGGCAUAUCUGACUGUCGACCCCGUGAAGAAGUUUUCUUUUCAUGUUGUGACUCGGGGUAUGCAUCGUGAGAAGAAGUCAUGGUGAAGAGGUUCAGUCAGGAGAUACUGAAGGUAAAGGUCUCGACCACCGGCCAAGUGGACCUCAUUUACACCCCCGUCGAUGGUACGGCGGGGAGUUCCGAUAACGCGAGCCCAAGCUCUGCGAGUCCACAGCUCCCGCCGCCGCCGAUCCGGCUGCUUCCUUGGCCGGCCACACGUGGAGAGGCUGCUGAAGAAGGGACCCCCUGGCGAAGAAGGAUUUGACGCGCCUUACACACAAGACCUCAACAUGAUGACGGUGGAAAUCACCGACCGAUGCUCAUUCAUUCCCCCGCUGUUUGAAGGAUUUAUCAAGCGCCUCCCUCACGCAUUCACCGUUCCCGGUCAAAACACCGUUCAGUAAACCCAACGUCGCCAUCGUCCUGUCGUGUGCCCUGAGGUGUGGGAAAGAGAAGCCAUUCCAUAUCGAGACAGGACCCAAUGGCCAGGUACCAUUUAUAAAUUUCGCUUAUGCGGAGAUUUAACUGCUUUCCAAAAACACCACGACCGUGCUGUUUCCCCCGUGCCAGUGUCUUUGGUUCAUCAUCCAGAUUUCGAUAGAAGUCGAGCCAUCGAAUGGUUCAUAUCCAGCCGCUCUGGUCUAAUCUGUACCUGCGUCGCCCAUUCGGCUCGGAGCCAGGAACCGCGUCCGAGACCGCCACCCGCCAUCAAUAUUCAUCUCUUGUUUUUAUUCAUCCAUCCCAAAUGACUCCUUCCGUGGUCAGAUGCCCAGCAAACGUCUGUGUGUUGGUAGGCGCGUCUCCACCUUUGGACCUGAAGUCGAAACAACCAGAAGAGAAAAAAGUCUGGAAAGAUGGUUCCCUAUCGUGAGAGAUCAGGAAGAUGCAGAGAAUCAAUAUUCUCUGCAACCCUUGUUGGGGGCGUGAGCAGCUCCAAUAAAAUAGGAAAAGGCUGCUCAAUAAACACCACCUGAACCGGGCUCAGCCCCACGCACGCUGCACCCAACGGUGCAUCUUGACCCAUCUUGCGCGGUGCGGAUGCCCUUCCUGGAGGAGCCCAUGCCUGCGUCCACGUCCCGAUCUGGGAGGGGCUUCCAGGGUCCCCUGGACCUCCCAAGACUGUUGGACUGGUCUCGCCCGCUGUGCCGCUGCUUGUUUCUAUUUUACUCUUGGGCUCUGCCGUUGCUGCUUGCUCUCUCUCUGUUUGGGUGGUGCUUGUUUCCAACACACACCUCUCCGUCGUCACUCGUUCACCCUCACGGCCAAGGAGAUAUUCACUUAUCUUCACGAGUAUUCCGUCAGUCAGCUGGAGCCUUCUCCUUCCAAACUCGGCGACGGCAUUAUCGCUCAAAUUAUACCGCUCUCGCAAGCCGUCUCAUUGGUGUCCAGCUCGUCCCACGCGGCAGUCGUAUAUUUACCCGGCCUCCCCAUAUUGACCUACCAGCAAAUCCAGCUGGUCCAGGUCCUCAACCAAGGCCAAGUCCUGCAGGGUGGACUGGGGAAAAGAGAACAGGUCGAUAUAAUACAACACGACAUCUUUGCCCAGGCCAAUGCUUAGUGUCAACUACCUUACUCUUCACGUCCAACGCCGAUCUGUUUUGUCUGACCCAGUCCGAUCGUCCACUCAGUCACUCGUUAGGGGAAAAAAAAAAUAACAGCUUCAAAAACUUGGGUCGUGGUACAAGGUGAUGUCGCACAGGUGAAAUCGGAGCCAUUUCCCGCAGCCGCGACACAAUACAGACAUAAAAAAAUGGCCGGACAGAUAGUAACCAGCUCCUCGGGUUGGGCCCGCCGAUCACAACCUUCAUGGACCAACAUCCUGACCCUCUUCGCUUGCUUGGCCUGUCACGCCUUGGCCUCCACACCAGAUGCCCCUGAGUCUGUCGAGACAUUGAUAAUCGACACCAGAAGUCCAUACAAGACAGACAAUGGGUGGGUGAUGCUUUCACCAAGAGACGCGGAAGACUGGAAGCAGUGGAAGAAGCGUCAGAACAACAAGGACGACGACGAGGACGAGAAAUCAAGCUCAUCAGCCAAGCCAUCAGUAACAACAACAUUCGCCAUCGUUGCUGGAAAGCCCACACAAAGCAGCACUACAUCUUCCGAGACCGCCCCAAGCGCCCUGCCAACACAUCUCGACAGCUUGGCCUCUGGGUUCAAGGAAGGAUCUAACGGUGAUCCCAACGCAUGCCCCAAAUUCAUCAACUGGUUCCUCAACACCCCCGAGUUCAAGGAGUGCUACCCCCUCUCCAUGCUCCUCGAUCACUCCAAAUCCUUCUUUGACGCCCAGCGCUCCCCGGUAACCAUCACCCGCACCCUCGACGCCACCUGCGCAGCCAACGCCACCCGCUGCUCCCAGUACUUUGCCCAGCUAGCCCAAAACUUCACCUCGACGGAAAACUGCGGCAAUGACUACACCUGGGGCACACCCGCCAUCGUCAACACGUACAAGGCCAUGGUUGCCUACGCGCCCAUUUAUAGUGUCGGCUGUUUACGGGAUGAGAAGACGUCGGCGUACUGCUUUGCCAAUGCUGUGGGCAACACCACCAGCAGGGGGAACACUUAUUUGUACACCCUCCUCCCGUUCAACAAGAGCUUGCCUGGGAGUAGCGUGACGACGUGUGACGAAUGUACGAGGCAGACGAUGAAUAUCUACCAGGCGUCGACGGCAGAUAGGAGGCAGCAGAUCAGCCUGACGUAUGAGGGGGCCGCGAAGCAGAUUAAUCUUGUUUGCGGGCCGGGGUUUGUGCAGGAGACGCUGGCGCCCGAGGCGGUGAGGAGUUGGGCGGGGAGGAAGGGGAGGGUGGUGGAGUGGACGGGGUUUGGGGUUGUGAUGGGGGUGUUGGUGUGGUUGAUUUAAGGGGGGUUUUUUUUUUUGGUCUGUGAGGCGCGUGGUUUGGUUCUUGUUCGAUACCCCCUUUUUUUUUGUUUUGUUUUUUUUGGAGAGAGCGAUUUCUACGACAUACUUAUUGAACCUUUUGUCGACAUACAUGCACACAAAAAGACAGGUUCACACACGUCCUUUUACGGACCAUCUUUUGGAAAAGAUGGGGAACUGCAUAAUUUCUAUUUAUUUCUCCCUUUUGGAAGGGAAGAUGAAAAUGUGGUGGAAUGGACACAGAAGAUUGGUUGAGGAUGAGGAUAAUGGUUCUAGAAUUUUGCGCGGCGUUCCUUUGGGAAGAUUACUAUGAUUCGGGGCAAGGAAAGAUUCAUGACGGGUUGGUUAAUAUGAUAUUAUUCGAGCGUGGAGUUCGUGUACAUACCUUUAUGAUGUUUGUUUCUGGCUCGUAUCGACCUUACUUUACUGGUCUACAACUGCUCAACAAGACCUUGUGUUAGAGAAAUGUAAUGUUGAUGUUUAUUGAAGAUGUUGACCUCUA